AUGGAAUCUAAAAAUGAUUCCAAAAAUAUAGGAAAAUAUCGUUAUACACAUCAAAAUCCUCAAAAUAUACAACUCCCACAAUUGGAGCAUACUUUGGUGGGUUUAAGUAGACGAAGAACUUCGGCUGAAAUGAUAAGUGAAGCGAAAACCUUUUUAAGUGAUGUGGCUCCAUCAAAUAAUACAGCAAAUCUCAAUCAAGCAGCAAGUGGUAUGAGUUUCACAAAUAAAUUUAACGUUUUAUGAUAACUUAUUAAACUUUUGUCAUUUACAUUUGUAGUUGGUGGUGUUAGAGUUGUUAGUACUAGGCGUCCCAUAACGCCAAGAGAACCAGGCAGAGUUUUAUAUGGAAAAGUUACUUUACCAGGAAGACCCCCUAGUGCUUUUUCUUUGCGUUAUUUGCAAAAUGUAGACUCUCGUGGCUCUACACCCAAAACUCCCUCAUUGGAACCGUUACCAGCAACAGAGGAACGAGAAAGGAAAUUAGCCACUCCAAAACAAUUAUCUCUUAAUAGAGAGAUUGGCGGUUAUAGUGUAGACGAAGCUAAUCACACCACUUCGUCACGCCGCUCUCAAUCUCUGGAAUCGCGUUUUGAUAGCUAUGAAAGUAACAACAAUGGCAAUACAUUGGGCGUUAAAUCAAAUAAUUCACUUCAAAUGCAAACAAAAUCACAAUUGGUACGCAAAUUACCCGCUCUAGAAAUAAAAGGAGUUUCCAUGAAUGUAAAAGAAAAUGUUAAACACAUCAAAGAAAGAGCAAAAACAGCUUAUAAAGAAACAUCUACAAAACAAAGUGAAUCGUUGAAUUUAAUGGGAUCAAUUCCGAAAGAUAAUUGUGCCAUUAACCUUUUGACAACAAGAAAGAUUCUUACACGAAGCAAUGAUUUGUUAGGACAAUCAUCUACGGAAAAACUUAUAGAUAUGUUAAAAGAACAUGCAGGACUGAAAGAGUGUACUGAGGAGACAGCUAGUCAUAUUAAUUCGAUUUUAACCGAAUUGUACAAUCGAGUGCGUAAAAAUGAAAAGCAUUUUAAGAAGGCUUUCAUACUAGGAGGCCUUUAUGGAUUAGUGGAAUCAUCAUCGGCUAAAAUUUUGCUUGCCGUGGCCAGAGUUGUUCUUGCGUUACGUGUCUCUGGUAGUAACUUAACAGGAGCAUGUAAACUCAUUUUUAAAGUUGCACGCAACGAACAAAAUGAUUAUUUAUUUUACGAUAGCGAUCUAUUGGAAUUGCUUAUUGAUGGCUUAGGACGUGCUAGUCCCUUGGAAGAUCCGGAAGCUUGCAUUUAUGGCUACGGUUCUAUUCGUUUUCUCACCUGCAGCACAGUGCAAGAAAGAGCCGAACUUACCACCAUAAAAGACUUAAAUCGCAAUUGGUCUGAACAAUUUGAAUUGCCACGUAAACCCAGUACUGCUCCCAAUUUGGGAGAAACUCAUAAUAUACAAACUGAUAGACAUCAAAAAGAAUUUGUUGAAAAAUUGUCAAAGCAAGAUGCUCUGGUAGUACGUUUGUCACACCAUGGUGCAGUACAAUUGAUGAUAUUACAUUUGCAAAUAUUGAACGAAGCAGGGGCAACGCAAAAAUUAAAUGGACCACCUUUACAUUCUUUAUAUCAGUUAUCGGCCGCAAUGAGAGCAUUAGCGGAUGUUAGGCAAAUUUCUUCUUCGAUUGAGCAGUUGGAAAAUCCAAAUCAAAACUUUAAUACAACGAACAUACAACUUGAAUUGGCUUGCCCUCAUUUAGUUAGAGCUGCCGAGGUGACCAUAGGUGAAGUAGAAGUACAAGCCAAUAUAGUUAGAACCCUGAGUGUUCUUUCAGAAGACCCAGACUGCUGUCACAUUUUAACAAAUUUUGCUGGACGCAUUGGUAUGCUUUUGGGUCCAUGUUGCGCAAACUUUAAAAGUAAUCAGGCUGAAAAACUCCUGUCAUUGAUAAGUCGUUUGGGCUACAUUUUGGGUAAUAUUAUGGCCAAGUAUGACAAUGCCAGAUUACAGUUUUAUCACAAUGACGUGGCCAUGGAGUAUUUAUUAAAUAUCCUGGAAAUCUAUUCUAAUGAACCCUUAACGCUACACAACUCAAUGGGCGAUACCGUAGUUGAUGUUUUAAUUAAAUUGAUAAGAGUCCUAGCGAAUAUGAGUGUUAAUUCUGAAGUUGGUUUUGGUCUAGGAAAUGCUCAGUCAUUGGGUAAUAUACUAAUGGUAUUACUUAAAGCAUCGCAACAAAUCAAAGGCAUUAAAAUGAAACAAGAGUUGCAAGAACUUACUCAUGCCACUUUGGGAGCAUUACAUAAUCUCUGUUUCUACCAGGACAAAAUUACGUCAACACCAGCUCAUGUUAUUGAAUCCAAAGGGAGUCUACAAUCUAUUUUGCCCCAUUUGGCGUCUCAGUUGUGUUCAAUACUAAAAACGAAUCGCGAAGAAAUUACACAGACCGAAAUUACUCGUGUUUUGGGCAACCUGACUCGAAACGAAAAGGCUAGGAAAUCAUUUUGCAAAUCUAAGGGACUUAAACUUGUUGUUAAAAUUCUUAGCAAUGCUGCAACACGACACUUAUAUGACCUCAAAGCUUGCACAAUUGGAAUAUUGGUUAAUCUAUUGGGUGAUAUGGAGAAUCGUUUACCAUUGAUACAACUUAAAGGUCCAGAAAUUUUAUUGGAGUUAUUGCGUGAUGCUUUGCAGCACCAAGCAGACUGGUUUUUAGCCACCAUUAUAUCUCAAGCAUUUUGGAAUUUAUUUAUUGACACUCCCCACAUAGAAGACGUAUGUUCAGAGGCUACGUUAGAUGAAUUAAGUGAUAUAUUGGCUGAAUAUUUAGAUGAAGAAAAAAUUCUAAAGAACACUAACAAUGACUCUUUACCCCAAAUGUGGGAAGAUUUUGCAAUUGUAUCAACUGACUUACUGGAACGUCUACAAUCAAAUUAUGAUCAACAAAGUGAUAGCAUUGUGUCUUUGGAAACAAGUGAUUUUGAAAACGAUGAAGAUGAUGUUUACAUAGAAGGAAUGUAA